ACUUGGAUUGGAACCUGGAGUUUCAGAUUCCGAUAUAAAGAAAGCUUAUAGAAGGCUGUCCAUCCAAUACCAUCCUGAUAAAAAUCCAGAUCAAGAGGCCAACAAAUAUUUUUGUGGAGUCCAUUUCUAAAGCAUACCAGGCUUUGACUGACCCAGUAUCCCGUGAAAACUUUGAAAAGGCUUUCAAAUGGGCAUUGCUCUUCCUCAAUUUCUCCUUGACAUAGAUGGAGCAUCCGGUGGCAUAUUAUUGCUCUGGAUAGUCGGUGUUUGUAUCCUCUUGCCCCUUGUGAUUACUGUUAUAUAUCUCUCGAGGUCAUCCAAGUAUACCGGGAACUAUGUCAUGCAUCAAACUCUUUCCGCAUAUUAUUAUCUUACGAAACCUUCGUUGGCCCCAAGCAAAGUUAUGGACGUUUUUACCAAGGCAGCUGAGUACAUGGAGAUCCCAGUUCGCAGAACAGAUGAUGAACCUCUGCAGAAGCUCUUUAUAUCUGUCAGGUGUGAGCUAAGUUUGGACCCCAAGAACGUGAAGCAAGAGCAAGCUAAGUUUUGGAAGCAGCAUCCUGCCAUAGUGAAGACGGAGCUGUUGAUACAGGCCCAGUUGACUCGUGAAUCAGCAGCCUUGUCUCCAGCCCUGCAGGGUGAUUUCAGACGUGUUCUAGAGCUUGCACCUCGCCUCCUCGAAGAGUUACUAAAGAUGGCGGUUCUACCACGAACUGCCCAAGGGCAUGGAUGGCUGAGACCUGCAGUCGGAGUAGUUGAGCUAUCUCAAUGGCUUAUUAGAGCUGUUCCCCUUAGUGCAAGGAAGUCUUCUGGGUCAGAAGGAAUUUCACCUUUCUUGCAGCUCGCUCAUUUCAGUGAUGCUGUCGUUAAAAAGAUAGCGCGGAAGAAGGUCAAAUCAUUCCAAGAGCUUCAAGAAAUGAGCUUGGAAGACCGUUCUGAACUGCUCACCCAGGUAGCGGGUUUGUCGGCAACUGCUGUUGAGGACAUUGAGAAGGUACUAGAGAUGAUGCCGUCUCUGACAAUAGACAUAACAUGUGAAACAGAAGGCGAAGAGGGUAUCCAAGAGGGUGACAUUGUUACUCUUCAACGACCCAAUGGGCUCAUAGGCGCUCUUCCUCACGCACCCUACUUCCCCUUCUACAAGGAGGAAAACUAUUGGAUUCUGCUUGCGGAUGCAGUGUCGAACAACGUGUGGUUCUCCAUGGACGAAGGUGGAGCCAUAACGGCUGCAUCGAAAACCAUCAGCGAGACAAUGGAAGGUUCAGGAGCAGGUUUUAAGGAAACAAACGAUGCGGUGAGAGAAGCGGUUGAGAAGGUUAAAGGUGGGUCAAGACUGGUAAUGGGUAAACUCCAAGCACCCGCAGAGGGUACGUGCAACUUGACUUGCUUCUGCAUGUGCGACUCAUGGAUAGGGUGUGACGAGAAGACAUCGCUGAAAGUCAAGGUCCUGAAAAGAACUCGGGCUGGGACACGGGGAAUGGUUUCAGAGGAGGGUGCGAUUGCAGAAGAAGGUAUGGAGGAGGAAGACGAGACUGAAGAGGAGGAAUACAAUGAUUAUGCGAGUGAGUAUAGCGAAGAUGAAGAUGAGGAUGAGAAGAAGAAGGCGAAUGGGACAGUUAAGAAGAAAGAGUCGAGCUCUGAAGAGUCUGGAUCGGAGAAAGAAUGAAAAAAGUUAUACUGAUCCAAAUACAAACGUUUAAGCAUCAGAUCUUGAACUCGGCAAAGCAGGCUUACACAGUGAUGAUACAUACUGGAAAGACUUUGGCGAGUUUCCUAGUCUAUUUUUCAUAGUUUUGACACUCUAA